CCUGGUAUACUACGCGCAGAGCAAGCCGGCGAAGCUGGCCAAGGUAGGGGCGUACCUGGCGAAGCGUGGCAAGAAGGACCUGCAGCGGCGGCGGCGCGGCGACGUACUGGUGGGUCUGCGGAUCUUCGACGCGCUUCUGGAGGAGUGCGGGCGGGACCUGAACUUCUUCGGCAAGGAGGUUCUGGGGGCGCUAGACGGGGCGCUGCAUGAGGGCGAUGCCAGAAGUUGCGUGGGCGGCAGUACGCACGUUUGAAUUGUUCUGCAGGUGUCACACGGGCGCGACGCUGGCGAUUGACACGGAGCUGCGUGCAAUGUACACUGGCAUGGUUCGGAUGCUUGUCGCCAGCAAAGGUGCGCUGGGCAUGCGCGCCAUCCAGGCGGUGGUUGAGAGCCAGGCCACGUACGCGUCGGACCGCUACGACGAGCUGCCGCAGAUUGCAGCAGGCGCUGCUGGACCGGCUCGCCAGCGCUCCCGACGUCGAGCCGGCCGAGGACGCACAGGCGCUGACGACGCAGAUUCAGGAGAUCCACCGGGACAAGCAGCCGGACAGGACAGGUUCUGGGGCAGUGGGCGUGGGAGUGCAUGGCAGCGCUGGUGCGGCGCUCGCACGGGCAGCACUCGCAGGUGGUUACCGGCGAGGUGUUCAAGUACCUGGACACGCGGCUCAUGUGGCAGCCAGGCUGAGUUCUGCGUGCGACUGGUCGAGUGCAUUAUUGGCAAUCUGCAGGCACAGGACCAGAACAUGGUGAUAGUCGAGACGCUGGCGUUCCUGACUGACGGCACACGCGCGUCGCAGCGCUGCCUGGACAGCAUCGCGCAGGCUGGCGCCCAUGCACUCGAGCGCAUCGACACGCAGGCGUCCGGGACCUCGCACGAUGCGGCUGGUGAAGUGCGGCGGGCGACGAUUGUCCGCGUGCUGGAAAGCCUGUUCUGCCGGCCGUACAUUCUGGUGGGCAUCUCGGUGAUGGAGGUCUUGAACAUCCUGGUGACAUUCCUGCUUGAAGUGCUGGGCGAGAGCCGCGACGAGCCGGACCUGGAGCUAUUCGGCAGGACACUGCAGGGCAGCGACUCGACCGAGCACCUGCCGACAUACUACCAUCUGCUGGCGGCCAUUGGUGGGCUGGCCAAGCACCAGUACUACAGCGACCAGCUGGCCGACAUGGUUGGGUACCUGGUCAAGCAGAUGCAGCUGGAGGCCAGUGACGGGAUGCGGCAGGCGUGGCUCCUGCAGGCGCUCUACCUGGUGCUCGCCAACAGCCGGACGGGCAGCAGCGGACGCAUACCAAUGGUGGUGCCGUUGAGCGUCUACGUGCCGUUGUUCACGCUGCUUUCACGCGAGCCCCGGGCGGUGCGUUCUCUGGCGGCCGACUGCAUCAUUGGGCUUCUGCGGCACGACCGCGCGGCAGCUGGCGGCUUUGCAUUGCGCAGCUCGGCAGCGACUGCUGCUUGGAGCAACGAGCUGGCCACGGCGAUCCGGCAGAAGCUCAUCGACGGGCUGGAGCAGGCGGGCACGGCCGAGCAUGCGGCUGCAGCCAGCAUUAUGUGCGAGUUGCUGGCGACGCACACGCCUAUGGCUGAGCAGCUGGUGCUGGAGACGCUACAGCAGAGCAAUGGCCAGGGCGCUGGGUCUGUAUCCAUGCGGGCAAUGGUGUGGCGACGAAUUGCCAGCGAGCGGCGCGCCGGCGACCUAACUGCCUAUAUUUCCAGAGUGGUGGUCGAGGCCAAGGAGAAGCAGUGCUGGAGCACACCAAUUGAGCAUGCGUGCGAGGGCCAUGUGCGCAUCGUCGCGAUCAUCGACGACAGCCCCUGCUCCGACGAGUUGCUGCUGCAGAAGCUCAUGUAUCCUGAGCUCUCCUCGUACCUGUCGCUGUCGCUGCCGGAUCUCACGCCCAGCACCAGCCAGCAAGCAGACCAGGUGCUGCUGAACCACCAGAGCAGUGCGACGCCGGAGCUCGCCCGCAAGGCCGUGGAGCGCGUCAACGACAUGCGUGCGCGGAUUUCAAUUGACUGGGAGACGCAGGCGAAGCGCGACUCGCUGGCGCCGCACGUCAACAUGGACCAGCUGCGUGCAGCGCUGCGCACGGGACUCAACAUGCGCUCGGCCGAGUUCAGCGAGGAUCUCGAGAACAAUGCCGACCUUGACGACGACAUUGGAACCACCGCACGCAGUCUGCGUGUAGCCUCCCAUGACCAUAGCAGCAGCCGGAAUGACGUGCCGGAUGAGGUCCGCGCACUGCUGGAAUCGCUAGAUGAGCCGGCCGGGUCGCCGUACGAGCACCGGCGGGACUGCCAGACGAGCUCGUCGAUCAGCACGCCGAUAGUCAGCCACCUGGACUGAGAAAUAUACUUUUUUAAUCAUCUA